UCCGACGGGCCAUCCGUCUCACUCUCUUUCGCGAACAAUUUCUGGGGCAAAGAUGACGCCGGCGUCGGGCCUCUGCUCGAUCGCAUGUCGAAUGCCAAAACCACGAGCGACGAAUUGAAAGCCUUCUACACAGCCCGAGCCAAAAUCGAGGAGGACUACGCCAAAUCGCUACUCAGUCUCGCACGCAAGCCUUUGGGAUCUUCUGAGUCGGGCACGUUGCGCAUGUCGCUCGAUGUCGUCCGCGGCGAAGUCGAAUCGAUGGGCAAGUCGCAUGCCACCAUUGCCAGUCAGAUGAAGAGCGAGCUGGAGGAACCUCUCACCGCAUUCAACGGAGGUAUCAAAGAGCGAAAGAAGAUUGUACAGCAUGGAAUCGAAAAACUGCUCAAGACCAAGAAUAUCCAGACGGCCACUGUGAACAAAGCGAGGGAUCGCUUCGAGCAGGACUGUUUAAAGAUCAAGGGCUACCUGGCCCAAGGCCACAUGGUCAUGGGUCAGGAGGAGCGAAAGAACAAGGCAAAGCUGGAAAAGACGCAGAUCCAGAUGUCUACCAAUAGCGACGAAUAUGAGGCCGCAGUCAAGAUUCUGGAGGAGACGACGGGACGUUGGAACCGAGAAUGGAAGGCUGCGUGUGACAAAUUUCAGGAUCUGGAAGAAGAGCGCCUCGACUUUUUCAAGAGCAGCCUCUGGAGCUUUGCCAACAUCGCCUCGACUGUGUGUGUUAGUGACGAUCAGUCGUGCGAGAAGAUUCGCCUAUCUCUGGAGGAUUGUGAGGUGGAAAAGGACAUCUGCAACUUCAUCAAGGACUCUGGAACUGGCCAGGAAAUUCCCGAUCCUCCAAAAUACAUCAACUUCUGCCGCGGCGAUAUCGAAGAUGUGGCCUCGAACCACGAGUCCGACGAUGAGGCAUAUUCUGUGGCACAAUUCCAGCGAACCAUGAACCCGACCUUCCGAACAUCUUCGCCACAGCCCAGCACAUUUGAGUCGCAUCACGAUCCUGACUCCAACCUGCGGGACGAGAUGGGCAUUCCCAAAAGUCGUGCCUCGCUUCAAGGCGAAGAUUCAUUCACAGCGCAAGCUCGAAGCUCCCACGGAAGCGCAGCACCACCACCGCUGGCUACAAGCCAACUCAGUCAGACUUCUGCGCAUUCGAACCCGUAUGCAGACGCCCCGGUCAUCCCGCACAACCCCUAUCCCACCGAUGGGAUGACUCAAUUCUGUAGACCAGGCCCGCCUUCUGAGCGUAGUUCUAUCCCAUCUCCAGUCCGUCCAGGAAGUCGGGACAGUCUGGGACACAGCGAGUACUCCCAGCCUACCUCUCUUUCGAGUGUGGAGCCUAUCAGUGGAAAUGUCUCUCCAACGAAACAGUACAACGGGUCGAACAUCUCAGCUGUUUCGAACAAUUCCUACGCCUCGCAAGGGCCUCCGGAAGAGAGGCAGGUUCAGAAGAAGAAGAGUGGAUUUUUCCAGUCGCCAUUCCGCAGGAAGAGUCAAAAGAGCAAGGAGCCCUUGCAAGGAUCCAACGCGUCUACGCCCACCGGCAGAAACACUUGGACGCCCGCAACAACUCGGCAGUCAGAGAGUGCAAACGUCAGCCCAACAAAGCAGCCUUUCGGCAACCCUAGUAGAGCUGGCAUGUUCAAUCGCCAACCAUCUCCCGGUGCAGAUCCUGAUAUCGAUCCUCGCGCUGACUACCAGCUGGGUAUCGGGAACAACGUCUUUGAGGUCGCUCAUCCUGAUUCCCGCAAAAAGACGGCGGUGUCUAGGAGCAAUGCCGGCAAUGAGCUGGACCCGAUAGCGCAGGCAUUGGCAGAGCUGAAGGGCGUCGCAAAGCAAUCUUCUGUCCGACAGUCUGCAGAUCGCCACUAUGGAAUGGCAACGCCAGUACCAGGCACACCUGCCCAGCCGUUCGCCAACUCCACUCACCGCAACACUCCACCUCCGUCCUACGAGCGACCAGUCAGUCAUCUAGGUGCGCCUCAGCCCGCACAUACGAAGCGCGACAUGCAGAAAGCGACUGCGCAGUACGUUGGCCAAAAGCAGGCCAUGUUCAACGGAGCACCUCCCCGAUCUUCAAGCAGCACAGAUCACCGACAACCGCCUCGAGCGACUUCUCCUGCCCCACCACGGGCAACAAGCCCUCUCCCCUACGCCAGCGGUGAGCAGCGAGCCCAGCCAGCGUACCGCGCUGCGUCGCCCAACCCAUACGGCGGACCAGCAUCGAGCCGACCACGACCACAGUCUUCAAGCCCAGCGAAAGCGAUGCAGCAACCUCCAAACUACGCAGGCUAUGCUUCUCGUGGCGGAUCUCCUGGUUAUCAAGUUCCGCGCGCAACCUCUCCAAACCCGGCAUACAGUCGACCCGCGGCAGGAGGUGCCAGUCGUCCACCAAGCAGCCGCGCAUCUGAGCACGCUGGAGCUCCCAUGGCGCUGCAACUCGCUCCUGUACCUUCUGGCGGUGAUCCAUACGGAUCUCAGCGCGGCGGUCGGCCACAGAGCCAAUACUACGCAGCUGGACCUGACUCCGGAUCUCAAGUGACCUCACGAGCUAGGAGUCAAAGUCAGGGCCACCAGCGGCAAGUCACGAAAGACGGACGGCCGAUCUUGCAUUACGCCCGCGCAAUGUACAUGUACCAAGCCGCGAUACCGGAGGAGCUCUCGUUCAGCAAGGGCGACGUUCUGGCAGUUACUCGCCACCAGGACGACGGCUGGUGGGAGGCUGAGGUGCCGGGCAAGACUGGUCCUGGUCUGGUUCCCAGUAAUUAUCUCAAGGCGUGUUAG